AGUUUAGUUAAAAAAACGAUGGGGUUCUUCCAAAAAAACGCGAACAGACCGCCCCGCGCGUACACGUAGGAACGCGCUGCGCAUUCCCGCGCCGCGCUCUCUGAGUGACUCAGUGGAAGGGUUUCGGAUUGACCGCGCUGCUGUCAGCUGCCCUCCGGAACCAAGCGUCACCUCCCCGGCCAAAACAUGUCCAAACUGGAACAGAUCCUCAUCCUAGAGCCCGCAAACGACCUGAAAUUCAAAGGUCCUUUCACAGAUGUCGUCACUGCUAACCUGAAGCUAAAGAAUCCGUCAGACAGGAAAGUAUGUUUCAAAGUGAAGACCACAGCGCCGCGCAGAUACUGCGUACGGCCCAACAGCGGGAUCAUCGAGCCCGGAGCCACGCUCACCAUCUCAGUUAUGCUGCAGCCGUUUGAUUACGACCCCAAUGAGAAAAGUAAACACAAGUUCAUGGUACAGACCAUCUUCGCCCCUGCAACCCUCACAGACACAGAAGCCUUGUGGAAAGACGCAAAACCAGAUGAGCUCAUGGAUUCCAAACUCAGAUGCGUGUUUGAGCUGCCGUCUGAAAACGAUAAAGUGCACUCUAAGGCCAGGAACGUAUCCCACUGGAUUCGUACCGCUCCGACUUUGCCUUGGACAAAGUUCUGCACCCCUCUCUCCAUGCGCCCUCCCACCGCAGGCGGCACUAGAAACCGGAACGACGUCCAGGGAGUCAGGACUGCAGGGUCAGAGGUCAAGGCCUGUGAGGGUCAGAGCAGACAGAACGCAUGUUCAGAGCAGAGAGUCUUCAGUAGGGUAGGUCAAAGGUCAGCAGGGUCAGCGCUGUUCAUUUAGGGUGCGUUCACACUUGUAGUCCGGUUCGUUUGGUCUGGACCAAAAAAAAUAAAAGAAGAACAUUUAGUUCUGGUCCAAUUAUUCAGAUUGGCACAUUUAUCACCGAACCAAAAGAUACCGAACCUACAGGCACAGGGACACGUUCACAACCUGAUUGGUCGGAUUUUAUGACGUAUCGCCUAUUUUGAGACUGAACUUACUGAACAUCCAAAACAGUGCUGUGUGCUGAGGUAAAUGCUCGUGUUGUGUGUGUGCGUCUGCAUAUGAUGGUAUUUUGGCCAGCUGGGAACUCAUGAAGAGCUUAUAAAAUGUGUAAAGGAGUCAAAACAGCGGCGGGAAUCCCUCGUCACACACACACACGAUCUGCUGUGAGGAGACGCGCGUCUGAUGCCUGUGAUGGCCAAACUCACGACUAUGAUGAGAAAAACUGAUAUGCGUGAGGAUUCUGUCAUUUUUAGGGUCUCAUCUUCCUGUUUUUGGUUUGUUUACAUGUCUUUGGUCCGUGUUGCGUUCAUAUAUCAUCACCGCACCAGAUUCAGACCGAGACCCAUCUCUUCAGCGGUCUGUGCUCUGUUAGUGCGGUUCAUUUGAACGUGUGCACCAGGGUUCAGAUGGCAGCGUUCACACACGCUCAAAUGAACCGCACUAACGGAGCAAUCGCACCAGGAUCGUUUUAAUCCAACCAAACAUGACAAGUGUGAACACACCCUAACAUGUGAUCAGCUCCAGAUCCGCCUCUGUUCACAGUAAAUGUCCACAUGAUCAUGAGUUUGAGUCACAGUGAAAAUGAAAAUGUGCUGUUCAUGUACUCGCCCUCAGGCCAUCUGAGACGCAGGUGAGUUCUUUAAAAGAAGAUGUGUAGCUGAAACCGUGAGUCGAUGGCUACUGUCACUUUGAGUCAAAAAAACACAUACAGAGAAACGAUCGGUCUGUGCAACAAACUGAACAUUAUCAUGUAAUCCACAGCCUGAUGUAAAUGACGUAAAAUUAAAAGCAAAUUUUCAUUUUUGGGUGAACUAUCCCAUUAAGGUUUUCUGUCAAAAUAAAAGUUGGAUGGUUUAAAAAUGAUUUAAAACAACCAUAAAUAUUUAAAAUAAAGUAAAUAAAAUUAUUUUUCUUAAAUACUCAAUUUUUUUUUUUUUACAGUGAAAUAUUACA